AUCAACCUGCGACUUUUUUUUUCCUGUCCUUGUGCGCAGCGUCGAAAAAGAUCCAAUACAUUCUAGCAAGACUAUGGCUAAACUAAGCAAAGAAACAAAACAGCGGUUGCAGCAGGUCUUCCAAUGCGGACAGUUCAUAAUCCGGUGGGGAUUUAUCCCAACGGUACUUUACUUAGGGUUCAAACGUGGCUCUGACCCGGGGAUGCCGGAGCCUACCGUCCUCAGUCUGCUCUGGGGAUGAGGACUGCGUGAGAAUGAAGCCCAGCUGGACGUGUCCUCUCUCGGCUGACUGAUCACGGCGCCCGACCGUCUUGAUGCCCAAGGUCACCAUCCCACUGACAUCCGAAGCAAAAUGGAAGAGACUUUUAUUUCUGCCCUGAAAUCCCAAAGAGAUACACAACUGUGUCCAGACAAACCUUUAUGUCUCUCGCUUGGCUUAUAUGUGUGUGAAGAUCUUUUCCGUUGAUGGUCGCUGUAUUUUUUUUUAAUUUCCCCAAUAAAUGAUCUUCCUAAGGGCACGUAUCAUA